CAGUGACGUCAGAAGUGGGCGUGUUCUCGACGUGACGUCACGGCAGUCAGCCUCCUCCGCUUUAAAGCCGCCGCCGCCGCUCAGUCGGGCAGACCGAUCGAGCCGCCGAACCUUGGACCAGGACCGCGCUCAGUGCCCGCUUCAGUGCCGCCUCUGCCCGGAUGGAGCUGCGGGGUUCGCGCCCCGGUGUGCGCCGCUCCUGACCCGGCUCGGUUUGACCUAACGGAACCGUAAGUUCGGUUCGGCCGUCCUCCCCGUCCCGCAGCAGGCCGCCGUCUCCUCCGUGACUCGCAGGUCCCAUGCGAUUCUUCAGACUCACAUUCAAGUGCUUCGUGGAUUGUUUUUGAAGGUCGCGGUUCGGCUGUGGUUCGGUUCGUUUUUCUCUUCAGUUCAACAUUUUUAUUUUUAUUUGACAGAAAAAAAAUUCAAAAUUAUUUGUAAAACAUUUCGAUUUUAUGACCAGUUUGAAAUUUAACUAAAUAAACUGAAGUCCUAAAUUAAAAGAGAGGAGAGGGUCCGGAGCAGACCGAACCGGACCGGCUCUGGUUCUGACCCGGUGUCAGAGGGAAACUCGGUUCUAAAGCUAAAGAGCUACAGAGUUAAAGAAAGACAGCCGGACUGGUUCUGAUUGGGUUUUACUGCUGGUUCUGAUUGGGUCUGACUGGGUUCUGAUUGGGUUUUACUGCUGGUUCUAAUUGGGUCUGACUGGGUUCUGAUUGGGUUUUACUGCUGGUUCUGAUUGGGUCUGACUGGGUUCUGAUUGGGUUUUACUGCUGGUUCUGAUUGGGUCUAAGUGGUUCUGACCGGGUUCUGACUGAUAUUCUGUGACAGAAUCUAAGUGCUUCAGGGCUGACAGUGACUGGACCUUAGAACCUGUACUGGUUCCUGACUAGUUCGUUAAGUUCUGACCGGGUUCUGUCUGAGAUGGAGAAACCGGCCCGGCCCGCCUCGUCCUGCUCUGUGGUUCUGGUGGAGGAGACCAAGAGGAACCCGCUCCUCCUGUCCAGCGGCUUCGCUGCCGCCACCGGGUCCCUCGCCCCGCUGGCGGCGCCGACCUGCGGCGGCGUGGUUGGCGGUACCGGUCAGGAUAAAAGAGGAGGCGGCGCCAUCCGGACGGGUCCGGAGUACCAGGAGCGUGAGACUUGGACCCGGCAGAUGGACUUCAUCAUGUCCUGCGUUGGAUUCGCUGUCGGACUCGGAAACGUGUGGCGGUUCCCCUACCUGUGCUACAAGAACGGAGGAGGCGUCUUCCUGAUCCCGUACCUGCUGAUCGUUUUCGUGGGAGGAAUCCCGAUUUUCUUCCUGGAGAUCGCUCUGGGUCAGUUCAUGAAGGCCGGCAGCAUCAACGUGUGGAACAUCGCUCCGCUGUUCAAAGGUCUGGGCUACGCCUCCAUGGUCAUCGUGUUUUUCUGCAACACUUAUUACAUCAUGGUUCUGGCCUGGGGCUUCUACUACCUGAUCAGGUCCUUUAGCUCCGCCCUCCCCUGGUCCACCUGUGACAACGAAUGGAACACGCCCAACUGCUUGGAGACCUUCCACCACCUGCACUGCGCCAACGCCAGCCUGGCCAACGCCACUGUGGGCGGAGCCAACCUGACCUGCGCCGACCUGGCCGACGCCCGCUCGCCCAUCAUCGAGUUCUGGGAGAACAAAGUGCUGAACAUCUCGUCCGGACUGGACCAACCGGGUCGGAUCAACUGGGAGCUGAUGCUGUGUCUGAUGGCCGUCUGGGUUCUGGUUUACUUCUGCGUCUGGAAAGGAGUCAAGUCCACCGGCAAGAUCGUUUACUUCACGGCCACCUUUCCCUACGUGGUUCUCAUCAUCCUGCUGGUGCGAGGCGUCACGCUGCCGGGAGCGUACGACGGCAUCAUGUACUACAUCAAACCGGACUGGUCCAAACUGGGGGAGGCUCAGGUGUGGAUAGACGCCGGAACGCAGAUCUUCUUCUCCUACGCCAUCGGACUGGGAGCGCUGACCGCACUGGGAAGCUACAACCGCUUCAACAACGACUGCUACAAGGACGCCUUCGUCCUGGCGGUCAUCAACAGCGGCACCAGCUUCUUUUCUGGCUUCGUGGUUUUUUCCAUCCUGGGCUUCAUGGCGGCUGAGCAGGGAGUCGACGUCUCCCAGGUGACUGAAUCAGGUCCGGGUUUAGCCUUCAUCGCGUAUCCAAAGGCGGUCAGUCUGAUGCCGGUGGCUCCACUCUGGGCGGCGCUCUUCUUCUUCAUGUUGCUGCUGCUUGGACUCGACAGUCAGUUUGUCGGGGUGGAGGGAUUCGUCACGGGGAUUCUGGACCUGUUUCCUGGGAAAUAUUACCACCGUUACAAACAUGAGAUCGCCGUGGCGAUCUGCUGUUUACUGUGCUUCAUCAUUGACCUCUCCAUGGUGACGCAGGGAGGGAUGUACGUCUUCCAGUUGUUUGACUAUUACUCAGCCAGCGGCAUGACGCUGCUGUGGCAGUCCUUCUGGGAAUGUAUUGUAGUUGCCUGGGUCUACGGUGCGGACCGGUUCAUGGACGACGUGGCCCGUAUGAUCGGCUACCGGCCGUUCCCCUGGAUGAAGUGGUGCUGGUCGUUCAUCACGCCAUGCGUCUGCAUGGGCAUUUUCCUGUUCCACCUGGUGAACUACAAGCCGCUGACAUACAACACGGUGUACGUGUACCCGUGGUGGGGCGAGGUGAUCGGCUGGUGCCUGGCUCUGUCCUCCAUGCUCUGCAUCCCCGUCAGCCUCCUCUACAAGCUGUUCAGAGCCAAAGGAACCUUCAGAGAGCGUUGGGCCCACCUGACCAGUCCUGUGUGGGGCCCCCACCACCUGGAGUACAUGGCCUCCGACAUCGGACCCCUGAGCUCGCUGACGCCCGGUUCUGAUGACAACAAGGUCAUCAUCUUCGAGAGCGUCAUGUAGACCGGACCCGCCCGACCCUCCCAAGACAAGAUGGCCGACCUCCACCCUCACCUCCCACCGCUUUCUGCGCCGGGCAUCAUGAAUGAGCUGGACUCUGAUUGGUCCCCACGGCAACCAAAGCUUUUCCCAGGUUCCCCUGGGACUUCUGGUUCUGUUGGGUUCCGGUUCUCCCGAUGUAGGAUGAAAGGUGGAUCGUGACGAUUCCAAACAACUCGUCUUCCCGUGAGGGCCACAGGGUCGGUUUAGUCUUGGGUCGGACAGUCGGUCAGCACAAACCUGAACCGGACAAACAGCCAUGAUGGACUCGCUGUCAGCCAGAACCUUCAGCCGACAGAGUUUGGAUCGUUGCUGUUUGUCAGGACAGACAGAGUUCUAGACAGAAGCACCGACUGGUUCCCUUCGCGUCCCCUUCAGGUUCUGAGAUCAGAUUUAGUCUGUUCUCUUCUGAGUGCCAAAAGGUUCUGAUGUCAGAACCAGGCUGCUGCCAGCGACCCGGUUGCUUUGCCUCAUCAACGCUGUGGUCCAGUUGGUUCUGCCCAUCUCUGUUGGGUUUCGUCCCGCUUCCUCUCUUUCUCGUCUUGUUAGCAGAAGAAUAAAAUGCUUGGCUGGUUCUGUCCAUAAACCCAUUAGAACUGGUAACCGGGUCGGAAGGAGAGUCAUUUUGAUCCGAAUGUUGUCCGGAAACCUGAAGAGAGCCGGCGGACUGACAGCGUUGUCGAGCGUUGCCUUAUGUUGUUGUCUCACCGUUAGAGUUCAAACGGUUGACCUGUGACCUCCUGUUUGCUGUCGGUGGGCGUGUCUAAGACUCUAUCUCCUAGCAACCAGUUAGCAUCCCGCCAUUGCCGGGAAACAAGCAUCCAAAUGUGGGAAAACCAGAUCCGUUUGCACAUUGUUGUGAAAUAAUGAAAAAGUCAGUUUUUGUUUUUGUAAAAUAAACAGAAGUUUAUUUUUUGGAGGCUUUUAUUUUGGUGAAGAAAUCUCUAUAUUGAAUCUUUGAGCUAUAUUUGAUGCAGUAUCACUGGGAUGAUGAUGAUGAUGAUUUCUGGCUGAUUGUUCACGUUCGGUCGGCGAACACAAUCCACCGCUUCAGUCCUACCUCACUUCUCUUUCAGACUUUCAAAAUAAAACACCUGAGUAUUUUUAGCCAAUGUUGGCGCCCCGUGGGAGUCGGAAGAAUCAGAACCCGCUGCUGGUUCCGAUUCUUCAGCGGGUCGUAAAUCCCAAACAGGAAACAGGAAACCCAUACGGUGCUGUGGCGGCUAACGUGAACAAGCAGCAAAGGCCGGUGCUUUUAUUGUGGCGGGUUUGCUGCGAUGCAGUGAAUUGUGAAAGGGAAACCUGUCCUUUAUUUUAACGUUCAAAGUGCUAAAGUGUUUCCAUGGUGAUCUUCUGUCCCAUCAUUUCCCCUGCUGGACGUUCGACUCCGUUUUCACUUUGACCAGGAAAUGAAUCUUCUUCCUGCUGCUAACCUGAAACCUGAACGUCAGCAGAAAAAACAUUCAGCGUCAAACUCAGCAGAUUUCUGAUUUAGGCUCAAAACUUUAAUGAAUUAAAAUGUUAAUUUAUCAAAACAUUAUAAAAGCUGAUCAACUACAAGGAAAUGUUUGGCCCCAGUCAUUUUUCUCACUUCAUCGGGAUUUGAUGAUUAUUGAAAUCUGAGAUCAAUUUGAUCAAAUCAAUUUCAUAUUCUGUCUUUUUCAGGUCAAAAUGUUCUUCCAAGCAAAAUUGUGCAGAAAAUAAUAAAAAGGUGAAUUUUUGUGGCCAGCCACAGAUGGAGCAAACAAAAACCUGAUUAGAAAUUUAGGAUCAAAAUCUGAGUUUGAACUUUCUUUGCUCUCAUAUAAAAGCAAAUCAUCUGCAUAGAAACGUAGAAAACUGAACUUAGAACGGACAAUUCAAUGUUGCUUCAACCUCCAGAGAAUACAGAUAUAUAUCAUCCAGAUUAAACCUGGAGAAGUUAACAGAAAAAAUAACAAACACUGAAGAAAAAUGAACAAUGCUCAAGUUAUUAGUUUCAGAUUUUUAAUUUUUUUUUCUAAAUAUGAGAUUUUGGCUCAACGUACAUGACAUUAAAACCCAGAUGAGAAGAUCCUUCUUUCCGUGAACUGGACUAAUCUGCAGCUUUAAUGGAUCAUUUCAUGUAAAACGUUGAAGGUUAAAAGCUGAAUAUGUUUAAUUUCUCCCAUCUGUGUGGGUCUGGACUAUAACCUGGAGGAAAAGCAUCUUCAAUCUGCAGCCAUGUUGGAUUUUGUUUUUAAUCUGCCAAAAACCUGCUGACCGAAUCUGAACCCGGAGCCGGAGCCGGAGCCGGAGCCUUCACAUUUACACUCCACAAAUUAAACUGCAUCCCUCUAAAUGUCAUAUUUGGUUUUUAUGGAUCGGUGUCAAAAUUUAAACAGCCAGUCUGAAGAACCAGUCGGUCCCAAACCAAGGAACCGGAUCGAAUCAGAGCUGAAACUCCGAUCCAGGACGGGAAUUGGAAAAAAGCAGCCAGAGCUGAGCAGAAAACCGAUUUAUUAUCUGGUGUCGAAGAUUAAGUUCUGACGACCCGAAUGAGACAAAAAGGAAUUUGGUCCAAAUUGGCUUUAAAUCGAAGGGAACCAAAUGGCUCCGGUUGGUCCGCUCCAGUUGAUCCGGUCCGGGUUUCAUCUCAGAUUCUGUCAGUAAACUUCAGUUUGCCAAAUUGAGGAGAGCGUCGGGUUUCCAGAACCUUCCCUGCUGAUCUCUGAGCAGAUCAAAUUUCUAGUUUGAUUUUCUGCCAGAAUGUUUUUUAAAUGUGACAGAAGAAAAACUAGUGAAGGUUGAAAACAUGAUAGAAAGAGAGGAUGUUUGAUUUCUUUAACGCAGCGGGAAAAAGCCCAAACGUACGGCAGAAUAAUCCAAGCUGGCCUCACACAGCAGGGGGCGCUCUCCUCCUGAUGCUAAACAAUCAUGUUUGGGCUCGAAACACAACAUAGGAAAAGGUCCAUUUUUUUGCAUUAAAAAAUUUGAAAAUUAUUCAUUUUAAAACUCUGACAAAGAAGAGAAGAAGAAGCUGGACGAUAAAUUAUUAUGGUUCCUGUUUGUGUUAUGGCUGCUUUGCUGCCACCAAGUGGCCAGAAUUAGUCACAUUGUGACAAAUAGAAAAUGUUUUUUUUGCUUUAAAGCAUGAAAACAUUCUCAAUUAUAAUGAAAGGAGAGAAACAAGUCCUCAUUGCAUUGGACUUGAAAACCUAACUUAAAGAAAUGUUGCAAUUUUUCUGAUGGGACACAGAACCAGAACACUGCGGUCCAACAUGCUUUCUGUGAACAGAAGAAACUUCAUCUAACAUGUCAUUGUUAUGCCUUCAUGUUUCACCAAACCAAUGUUCAUCAGAAGCAAAGAUCGGAGAUUUGGAGCUGAAAAUGUUUGACUCCUGUUUGUGUUUUCCAGCCCAAACGUAGCUUCCUGUUGUGUCGCCGUGACGAUCCGUGCUUCGUCUGCGGACUGGUAGUUCAACUUUUAGCUGUGAAUGUAGUGAAACCUGGACUCUCUGUUAACGAGUCACCAGCCAAACAUUAAGGUAGAAAACAUUAACUCUGAGCCCUCAUGAUGCCAUCUGUGUUGUACCAAGUGUCAAAACCGAAGCAAUAAAUCCAACAUGAAGACAAA